CUCGCCUCCCUGCGCGCUCCCCGCUGCGCCCAGCGCCCCACGCCUGCUGCCCCGUACUGUCCAGCCGGGCGCUGCCCACCCGAGGGAGCCCGCGCCCCGCGCCCACCCGACGCUCCGCCCGCCCCACGAGCCGGGCACCUGUGCCAGGAGCCCUGUUGACUCAAUUGAGAGGGGACCUGCAGAGGCAGCACCAUGAGUAUCUCUGCUCUGGGAGGCAGCACCAAAGGGAAGUCUUUGCCACCAGGUGAGGAGGAGCGCAAUAAUGUCCUCAAGCAGAUGAAAGUACGAACCACACUGAAGGGGGACAAGAGCUGGAUCACCAAGCAGGAUGAAUCCGAGGGCCGCACCAUAGAGCUGCCUGCAGGCCGGAAUCGGGCCACAUCCUUUUCAUCGGCUGGGGAGGUCUCAAAGGCCAGGGCUCCAAGCACAAGGGCUCCCACUGGCUAUAUUAUCCGUGGUGUGUUCACCAAACCCAUAGACAGCUCAUCCCAGGCCCAGCAGCACUUCCCCAAGGCCAACGGAGCUCCAAAAAGUGCUGCUGGUCUGGUGAAGGCAGCUACCACUGGCCCUCCCCGCCCCACCUCCUCUGGCUACAAGAUGACCACUGAGGAUUACAAGAAGCUGGCACCCUACAACAUUAGGCGCAGCUCCACAUCAGGAGAUGUGGAAGAGGAGGAGGUGCCUGUCUCUUCAGAUGAGCAGAAACGGAGAUCAGAGGCUGCAAGCAGCGUGGUGAGGAAGACAGCCCCCAGGGAGCAUUCCUAUGUCCUGUCAGCAGUCAAGAAGAGCACUGGAAGUCCUACCCAGGAGACUCAGGCCCCAUUUAUUGCAAAAAGGGUUGAGGUGGUGGAUGAGGAUGGGCCUUCUGAGAGGAGCCAGGAGCCACAUGCUCUGGCAAGAUCCACUCCUGGCUUGAGCAGCUCAAGAGGUGAGGAGAUUGUCCGCCUGCAGAUCAUGACACCCAGGGCUGGACUCCGCCUGGUGGCUCCAGACCUGGAAGGCAUGAGGUCUUUCCAAGACCACAAAGACAAGGAGUCCCCCUGCCCCACAGAGCUCAAGAGAGACUUGGCUGGUGAAACCUUCAAGGACCCCAACACAGAUUCUGAAAGAUCAAGUGCACAAUUGAAUGAUGGCAACGUGAGAUCAGGAGCCAUGGGAUCUGCACCAGAAGGCUUGGCUGGAGCAGACAUCAGCUCAGAAAGAGGAGGGCUGGGCUCUGCUGCUAGCUUCACCCCAUUGAUGGAAGACCAAGAUGUGCAUGGUGCUAACUCUCAUUCCUGCAAGCCUGGACCAGUGGCCAUCAGCUCCAGUACCACUUUGGCCUCUGCUGUCCUGGAUGAUAGGAAGAGUGACAGCACAGCAGACCUGCAAGACACAAAGGCAGACCCUAAGGGCAUCCCAGCUGCUUAUGAAGAGAAGAAUGUGGCCAACAAGAUCUGCGAGGCUUGGCAGGAGAGGCCUGAAGCCCUGGGGGUUGGCCAGGGAGAUCCCGCUGCCCCUACUCCACAACCUGCAGAUCUCAGCACCCCAGAGUGGCAGAGCAGCCCUGGUGGACCCGAGCAGCUUGUCGAACUGGAGAGCUGUGCCAGCAGGGUGAGAAGUCCUUCAAACUGCAUGGUCACUGUUACUGUUACUGCUGUUUCUGAGCAACCUCAUGUUUAUAUUCCAGCUCCCCCAGUUGAAUUGGACUCCAACUCAACCACCAGAGGGAUUCUUUUCGUGAAGGAGUACAUGAAUGCUAGUGAAGUGUCUUCCAGGAAGCCAGCAUCUUCAUCUUAUGGCAGUGUCAGCAACAUUGAGGACUCAUUUAACAUGGAGAAGAAACUUCCAUAUGACAGCAUACCACACUCUGAGAGAACAACUGGAGGGAACUGUACUUACUGCAGCCAAGAGAUCCAAGACUGUCCAAAGAUCACCCUAGAACAUCUUGGCAUCUGUUGCCAUGAAUAUUGCUUUAAGUGUGGAAUUUGCAGUAAACCAAUGGGUGAUCUCCUGGAUCAGAUCUUCAUUCACCAAGACACCAUCCACUGUGGGAAAUGCUAUGAGAAGCUCUUCUAGCUCCCCCAGGAUGAUCAGAAGCUGAUGACUCCCGGACAAGUUUGGUUGUCCCCAGUUCUUGGAUCCUCUCCUUUCACUUCCUUCCUCUGAUUUCCUCAUACUUAUGCCCUUCUUAGAUUGAACAUGCUUACAUCCAGUAUUGUAUCUUACUGAUGCUAUGAUAAUUACUUAUGUGUGUAGCUUUUUAUAGCUUAGGAGGCACUUUACAUCUAUUGUCUCAUUUCAGGCUCCCGUCAAAGGCUUGAACAAGAAUUCCAUCUUUGCUUUCCUAAGACAUACUGACUUUCUGAUGAGUAUAGGUGGCCUAGAAUGUUAGGAAUGGGCAGAAGUAUGGAGUUCAUUUUGUGCUGACUCCCUUGAGGCUUCUGAGGGGUCAAGUUAAAGACUGUUGACGAUCCCUUGUGGGUAAAUUGCAAGCAUUGAAUGCUAGGGAUUGGCAUAGGCUAAUGUUUAGCUUGUCUGUUUCCCAUAUAUAUUUUUUAAAGUUUCCAUACAUUCUUCAAAGUAGUUAGUUGGUUUUGAUUGAGUUAUGUAGAAGAUUUUAAUUACCUCCUCCCAUGCACCUUUUGCUAUAUUUGACUUUUUCCCUGAAGGCAUGUGGUGUUUAUGCAGUUAGGUUUAAAUUCAAUAUGAUAUGAUUUUAGGAGGCUACUGACCAAAGGGGUAUCUGUGUAUGUUUGAAUCUUGAUAACUGAUUAAUGCAUUUGCCCUUAAUUCCUGCUUACUGGGCUGUACACAGAAAUCCUCUCAACUUCAAGGUCCAUAGAGCCAAGUAAGAUUAAGAGGAGAAAAAAGUAACAUCUUUUGAGGCCUCACCACAUACCAGGUAUCUUUGGUAUUAAUUGAUGUAAUAAUCCUGAGAAGAGAGUAUUCUUGUCUCCAUUUUGCAAAUGAAGAUAGUGAGGCUCAGAGAGGAGGGUGGUCAUUGCCUUCUAAAGAACCCUAUGCAUAACCACUGCUGUCCCUCUCCAGGGCCCAUGCUCUUUCCAGGAACAGUAACCACAACAGUGAACAUUGAUUUAGUGUUUAGUAUAUGUUCAGCACUGUGCAGAGGAUACCUGAUUCCUACCAUGUAACACUACCCCUUUGGCCUCCACCAAGGCAUACUCUUAUAAAGGGGCAGGAUGUGAAAUCUCAGUCCUCCUCUGGGCAUCCUGGACCCCUGAUGAAGCACUUCAAGGGCCAAAUUGCCGUCCUUCCCUCUCCUCCAAACCAAGGUGUUUUCAGCUUGGAGCAGAUUUGACUCACAGACUUCCCAAAGUGAAUCUUGUCAACCCAGGGAAAGCUCCAAUCAGCCAGUUACUCUGAAUACACACCCUUCAGUAGCCUCUAUCUUUAGUUUCUGAGCCCUAUGCAUAUUGGCUUGUGGACUUGUUAUUCCUGUCAAAUGAUCAGAGAAGAACAUUCCAUUAAUUUGCAUAGCUUGCUUUGGAUUUACUCUGAAGGAGAAGAGUAAGUAUGUCAUGUACCCAGACUAAAUGUGAGCUAGUCUUGAAGUCUAGCUCCCAGCAUGGGACUUGGUACAUGGUGAGCACUAACAUAUAGGUGUUGAGUGAAUGAGAAAGAAGUCACUCCUUUGGUGAGAGGUGCCAUUGCGGAGUCUCAGUACAGGCCUCCCAGAUGGAAUACAAGGUAAAGAAGCCCAAGAUAGGCUGCUUUCCCCACCCUAAAGAUAUACUCUUCCUUUAAGGUAGUUUUAGAACCAACCUGUGAGAUAUUGAGAGAUAGCUUGUAAUGUCAGUAUUGAUCUUGAUCCAAAGCAGCCUCUUUCAUGUCUUAAAAGACACAGAAUUCUGCAGACUUAAGGAAGAGGAAUGGUUGUAUUACAUUGUUACUUUAAAAAAAUUUCUUAGUGUUUCUAGUUGUGCUUGCUUAACCUACAAUAGUGUACACAAUUAUAAUAAAUGUUAAAAUAUACAUGUCAG